AUGUCUUUGUUUGUGUUAAAAUGCAUGCUGCUGUGUGCACUGGUGGGUGGGACGGCGUGUGCCUGUAUGUUGAAGAAUCAUACCUUGUGGAUUGAGAGGCACGAUUGUGCCCAGUGUGUGGCUAUCAACACUACCAUCUGCAGUGGCUACUGUUACACACAGGACACCAAUGUGAAGGGACGGUUUGGGAGGACUUUUCUGGUCCAGCGUAGCUGUGUGCCUCUCUCCCUGGUGUACCGAGCUGCCUGCGUUCCUGGCUGUCCUCGGGAUGUCAACCCAAAGCUGUAUUAUCCUGUGGCCCGCCGUUGCAGCUGUAGGCACUGUGACACACGCAUACACCACUGUGUUGGCACCAGCCGAACCUCUUAUGACCAGUGCUCCAAGACACUUGGUAGUGUGAAGAACCAGAGCCAGUCUGCUUUGGAAACCUGA